AGAUGCGCGCCGUUGUUCCGUACGCGCGUCACCAGAGGAGCUUCCCGACGCGAGGGGAGGAUGGAGAGCUGUGUGGAUCACGACCAUGGGAGGCUUUAAAUCUACCACUAUACCUCGAUAAUUGACGGUUUUCUACUUUUACCGGAUAUGUUUCCACCUUUUGUAUGAGCAGGAACCUGCUUGCUCCGGAUUCAGACAUCUAGUACCGCGUUUCGCGACUCAUCCUCAGUUGAAAAGCUUCUUGGGCUUCGUGGACCGUAAAACCUCGACUCGGUCCCUCACGGUUAUGCUUUAGUAUACUCGGGUGGAGCUGUGUGUGGGGGGUUUUCUUUUUCUUUUUUUGUACUAUCCAGGAAAUGUUGGCAUGGCCGCCUCAGGAGCACAGAAGUGUCCGAAGAGUGAGAAGUUGGACGAGGCGCAGGCUUUGGCCAAGAGCUGCGCGGGGAGACCAGACUUCCUGCCUUGUGAUGGACUCUCCAUCUGCGCGACGCACAGCCACGGGAAGUGCUUCAAGCUGCACUGGUGCUGCCACUUAGGCUGGUGUCACUGCAAAUACGUGUACCAGCCCAUGACCAAUGUGUGCAAGCUGCCCAGCACAGCCGUGCCUCCUGUUGAAACAGAGUACAGUAACACCAUGGACCUGUCCGUCUCUCUGGCCGAGCGCUUCCUGAAGCUCGCCCCCUGCUUCCAGUCGCCCCCUUACCUUGAGUCGCCCAAGUACUGCGUCAUCGCCGAUCUCUUUGUGGAUGACUACAUUGUUAAACGCAUUAACGGAAAGAUGUGCUAUGUUCAGCGCCCACCUCCUCCUUUACCAGAGCCACCUCAUGCUCCUACCCCUACCCCACCUGCUCCUGCUACCCCUCAAAGGCCCAAAAAUCCAUCUUCUCAGCCUCGACAAGCAGUGAAGAAUGCACCGCCUACCCCUCACACACCUACACCCCUGCAGCCGGUCCAGCAGGUGUACAGUGAACACAAACACCGGUCUCCUGUGGAUAAGAUCAAAGGCCAAAUGGACCACUGCUCCUCUCCAUCCAGCUCCGAGGACUCUGGCAUCAACGCGUUGGGUCUGCACUACCUGGAGUCCUGCGAGGAGGAGAGCGACGAGGAGGAGGACGAGGAGCUGAGCACGGACGGGAACUCCAGCCCUGGAAGCCUUUGGGACCAGGACGAGUGCUCUCUGCUCUCCCCCUCCAAGUCCAUGAUAGAGAUCAUCGAAAAGAUCGAAACAACUGUGUAACAGAUGCAACAUCAACAUGGACACCAGCUGAGAAGCAGCAUGACGUAACUCAGAAUGAUUUUAUUGAGGAUGAUUCCUGCGGGUGGCCGAGGACUGUACUGCCUGCACUCAAACACAGCCUCUCCUCUUGUCAACCAAGCCUGCAAGGAGUGAAUUUCUAAAACGAGGAAGCACAGGAUUAAAAAGCACAUGCACAGUGGACCAAAUAGACCUCUUGUACAUGGUAAUUACACAGAAUAUAACCUAAAAUACAAAAGGAAUCUAUCAUCGGCACACUAACAUCACUGAGACUUCUCUCCAGGCAUACAUUACAGGAGCUAAAUGAUGUGUUAACAAAGAAAAUAAAAGUACGUUUGGUGAUGAUAAUGAGGGGUUCCUUGUGUUUUCCAGUCAUCAAUCUGGCAUUCAGACUUUAUUCUAAUUCAACCUUUAAGCGGCAGAGAAAGCUUGCUAUUUUCACUCUCUCUGUGACUGGUGGCUCCGCCCACACCUAUUAGUAAUUCUGACACUUCAGUGUAAUAUCUACAAGGCCAGCUACCCUUCAUGGGCCUAAAGCACACAUCAGCCGUUUUACCCGUUAAUUACUCAGCUCAGAGCGGCAGGAAAAACAGCUGCUUUGUAUCACGUUAUCAUAAAAGAUUCCAGCCCCACAGUUAGUCUGCACUUUACUGACACUAACACAAGCAGUAGGUAGGUAGGUCAGUGUUUGACAAUCAAGGAUUACACAAAAAGCACAUUCCCAUGCUGUACCUGCCAGUGAGGACCAAGGAUGCUCUUAUAUAACUUCUUAAACCAUUUAUCAGACUUUAACACAUUGUUCUGACAAACCUUUCAGGUCUCACUGCACUGAACUGCAGUGCUGUUCGAGGUUAAAUGAGGCAUUAAGCAAAACAUGCCUCCUUAUGACCUCUAUUAGCAGAAAUUAAAUAGCAUGGACACAUCUCUGGCAGAGCUACAGUGACAAAAGUAGUCACAGCAGAAACUUGUAGGACACCUAGGGAAGAGGGGAUAUUCCUUAUAUAUAUAUAUAUAUAUAUAUAUAUAAUUAUAAACUUUAACAAUAAAAGAAACUGCAUUGUUAUUGGCAUUUGGGGUUUGACACUGAAAUGUUGUGUUUCCAGCUGGAUGGGGAGGGAGUCUGGGAAAGAUGAGCAGGUUAGGAUAGAUUAGUACGUCACAGUUUUUUGUGCUUUGGGGCAGAAAAAUGUCACUUAAUGCACUUUUAAAAUGAGAUUACAGUGUGGAAUAGGAUGCUGAAUAGGUGUUGUGAUGUUGUGAUGGACAUGAUGUUAGAAGAAAUGCACUCAAUUAUGAUAUAUGUGGGACAGCCCCUUUAUAGUCAGUUAGUAAAAUGAAGAUGGGCUAUAUAGGGUUAUAUUUGUUUUUUGCUUUUUAUGUUGAAAGAGUUGUUUUCCAGGGGAGUUAUCUGCCAAAAUCACAGAAAUAGUCACAAUUAUUAUCGCUACCCAAGCUACACUAAAUGUUAAAAUAAAAAAAGGAAUUUUGCAUGACUGCAUUUAUUUGCAGAAGUCCCUUAUGUCAAAGACCGAUUUAACGUAAUUGGCUGCUCAAAGAGUGGACAAAUUGUGCAUCAGUUCAUCAGAUGGAGUAACUUUUAUUCAGGGACUGCCCUCGACAUUACAUUGAACACAGUCCCUCCUAAUGCAGCUUAAAAAAAUGUCUUAUGUUCUCAUUUAUUGUUAUAUUAUUUUCAUAUGAAUAAAUCUCAAUGAAACAUA